GCGCUGCGCUGCGGCGCGCACAGGCUCCGGGCUGCUAUUCCGGCUGGCGGCGGCCGCUGCAGGAAGGACCGCUUCCUGCGCUCCCCGCCCCUUCCCUCGCCAGUGCUGACGCUGACGUCGGCGCAGGGAGCUGGAGGGACGCUCCGAUCUCCGCUGAGAGGCUCCUGGGGGCCGGGGCUCCGAGGAAAAUGGUUCGAUGUUAUUAAAAAUGAAUCUUAAGAAGAAAAAUGAAUCACAGCAGUUAAACUAUGGAGUUCUGCUACUUGUAAGAAGUGGAGAAGCCUGAGAUUACAUCACUGACCCUUGAUCCUCCACUGAGCUAAAACACCAGCUGGUAAUUGCCUAUGAUUUUAUAGACUUCCCUCCAUCUGCUGGGUCCAAGUGUCCGUCUGACUGCUCUGGUACCGGAGCAUCUUUAUUUCUGCAUCUAAACUUGUAAAAAGCACAUCGAAUCUUGUUCCCCAGGAGAAAAUCUUCAAUGUAACCAUUUUCAAUGUAUCCGAUGAUACAAGCGCAUUGUAAUCUCCAGGUAGAAGCAGCUUUAUCAGUGGAAAGGGUUUAAUAGAACAUAUCCUAUCAUGCUUUUUCUCUGCCCCUUCUCAAAUCAUCAGCAGUAGAAAAGAGAAGAAAACAUGUCAGGACACAAAUGUUAUUCCUGGGAGUUGCAGGAUCGGUUUGCUCAAGAUAAGUCAGUUGUCAAUAAGAUGCAACAGAAAUAUUGGGAAACGAAGCAGGCCUUUAUCAAAGCCACAGGGAAGAAGGAAGAUGAACAUGUCGUUGCUUCUGAUGCAGACCUGGAUGCCAAGCUAGAGCUGUUUCAUUCGAUUCAGAGAACCUGUUUGGACUUGUCUAAAGCAAUUGUGCUCUAUCAAAAGAGAAUAUGUUUCUUGUCUCAAGAAGAAAAUGAACUGGGAAAAUUUCUCCGAUCCCAAGGCUUCCAGGACAAAACCCGAGCAGGAAAAAUGAUGCAAGCCACAGGAAAGGCCCUCUGCUUUUCCUCCCAGCAAAGGUUGGCCUUGAGAAACCCUUUGUGUCGAUUUCACCAAGAAGUAGAGACUUUUAGACAUCGGGCCAUCUCCGAUACCUGGCUGACAGUGAACCGCAUGGAGCAGUGCCGGACAGAAUAUAGAGGGGCGUUAUUGUGGAUGAAGGACGUGUCUCAGGAACUGGAUCCAGACCUCUACAAGCAAAUGGAGAAGUUCAGGAAGGUACAGACACAAGUCCGCCUCGCGAAGAAGAACUUUGACAAAUUGAAGAUGGAUGUGUGUCAAAAGGUGGAUCUUCUUGGAGCAAGCAGAUGUAACCUCUUAUCUCACAUGCUAGCAACAUAUCAGACCACUCUGCUCCACUUUUGGGAGAAAACUUCUCACACCAUGGCAGCCAUCCAUGAGAGCUUCAAAGGCUAUCAACCAUAUGAAUUCACAACGUUAAAGAGCUUACAAGACCCUAUGAAAAAGCUAGUCGAGAAAGAAAAGAAGAAGAGCUCCCGGAGGGAAAACCGGGAGGCUGUGGCACAGGAGCCGAGGCAGUUAAUUUCAUUGGAGGAAGAGAACCAGCACAAAGAAUCCUCUACUUGCCAGACGGAGGAGGGAAAAAGCGUUCCGUCUUCUGUAGACAAAAGUUCUGCAGAUGAUGCAUGCUCAGGACCCAUAGAUGAACUAUUAGACGUGAAACCUGAGGAAGCUUGCCUGGGUCCCAUGGCAGGGACCCCAGAACCUGAAAGUGGGGACAAGGACGACCUCCUGCUGUUGAACGAGAUCUUCAGCACUUCCAGCCUGGAUGAAGGGGAGUUCAGCAGGGAGUGGGCUGCGGUGUUCGGAGACGACCGGCUGAAGGAACCAGCCCCCAUGGGGGCCCAGGGAGAGCCAGACCCCAAGCCCCAGAUAGGCUCUGCGUUCCUUCCUUCACAGCUUUUAGACCAAAACAUGAAAGAUCUCCAGGCCUCUCUCCAAGAGCCUGCCAAGGCUGCCUCGGACCUGACUGCCUGGUUCAGCCUCUUUGCUGACCUCGACCCCCUAUCAAAUCCUGAUGCUAUUGGGAAAACCGAUAAAGAACACGAAUUGCUCAAUGCAUGAGUCUGCAACCUUCAACAGGGGAGCCCUCCGGCCACUCCGCAACACCUCAUCCAGGGCUUGCAGAAGUCUAACGUGCUCAGUACGCUGUUUUAAUAUUUACAUGCCAUUUUAAUAAAACGAGAGGGUCAAGGCCCUGUUUCUAUCGCUAUA